AUAAAGUCAAACCCUCGUAAUGAGAUAACAUAAAAGCAAAAAAAAGUUAAAACAAAGAAGCGAGGAAAAAUGAGUAGGUCAGAUGCUCCGCUUCACGAUGUCUUCGUCUAUGGUAGCUUUCAGGAGCCUGAUAUCGUCAACAUAAUGCUUGAACGUACUCCGGAAAUCAUCUCUGUAACACUCCCUGGCUUUAAGAGGUUUAGGCUCAAAGGACGUUUGUAUCCAUGUAUUGUGCCGUCUGAGGCAGGAGAAGUCCAUGGAAAGGCGCUAAUGGGAUUGACGGAUAAAGAACUAUCAAAUUUAGAUGCUGUUGAGGGCAAUGAAUAUGAGAAAGUGACAGUUGAAGUUGUAAGGAAGGAAAAUUCUGCGAAGAUGAUAGUGAAAACAUAUAUAUGGAUUAACAAAAAUGAUCCUGAUAUGUAUGGAGAAUGGGACUUCGAGGAAUGGAAACAGCUACACAUGCCGAAAUUCAUGGAGACUAUCAAAGAAAUCAUUGAAAUAAAUAAGAAUCAUCCAGGAAAGGGAGUAGAAGAUUACACCCAAAUUCUUCACAAAAACCUUGGGGAUGCUCCGUUGUCUUGAAUGGAUUUUAUGUUGGCUAUGUUCUACAUAAUUUAUAAAUUUCCAACUAAAUAAAGCCUAGAGAUUAAUGGGUACUGUGGAGAUCAUGUAUUGUUGUAAGAUUUGUGCUAUGUGGUUGUAUUGUUAUAAUGGGUACUGUAGAGAAUUAUGUUAUAAAUAUUUUGAUAUUAUUGGUUAAA